AUGUUCAAUACAGGAAUACCAUUUAGUGUUUUAGCAGUCCUGCUGUCAAUACUUGCUGUAUUCGGACGAUGUUGUUGGCAGGACGAUGCAAUAAUUUCCCUUCAAAGACAAUCCGAUUUUCACACUAUCGUUUUCGUAUCCAAAGGACAUCGGGUGAAUCAAAAUCUUUUAGCUGGUUUGAAGUCCCCAGUUAUGUUCAUCCAAGAUUCAUCUACCAUAAAUAUCAAACGUUUUCCAAAUAAAAAUAAUUUGUUCAUUUUUAUCAUCAGAAACGAUCCAGGUUUAUUGACGAAGUGCCAACCUAACAGCCUUGACGUCAUCCGAAGUGCAAAGACUAUUCUGUGGUUUCUUGAAAAAGUGGACAAUUCCCAAGCUCAUGCUUUAUUCUACUUCGAGUUCAUGUGGAAACUGGGAAUCCUCAAUGUUGUAGCAAUGUUUUCGUUGGAUUGUAGACGUGGUGAAAUACUCACUUUCACACCAUUUCCAGUUUUCAAAAUUUACGAGUUGACUCCAGAGCAGGACCUCUUUCCGAACAAGCUGAAGGACCUACAUGGCUUCCCGAUAACCACUAUCAUUAAGACCGAUGAACCCAGGGUUUUCAGAUACAAAGAUCGCCAUGGACACCAAAGAAUCGGAGGAUAUGCAAGUAAAAUUUUCAUGUCCUUUUUGGAGAAGCAUAACGCAACGCUGAAUGAGUACCUGAUACCGAAUGACACAUAUGUUCGUGCAGAGAAUCUGAUUAACUUAGUACGCAAGCAUGAGGUGACAAUUUCAAUGCAUCCAUAUCGUCAGAAUGGGUCAGAUGUGGACGGAAGUUACCCGGUGCGUAUGGUAAAAGUGUGUAUAAUGUACCCAGCUCCUGCUGAAGUGCGAGCUGACAAAUAUUUACUUUAUUCAUUUUCAACAAGCGUCGGAAUAAUAUUGAGUUUUAUGGCAGGCUAUAUUUUGUUCAUUAAUCUUUGGCUUGCCAAAGUUAUCACAGAUCAUUUCCAAGUUGGUAUAUUGUUGUUGGACAGUGUCAGGGCUUUAGUGUUUCAAGCCUACGUCAUCUGGGCAUUCAGGAAACUAUGGAAAUAUCGAAUGGUCCGACUUAGUAUUGUUCUUUUCUCCUUUUUCUUCGCGAGUGCAUAUCAGUCUUUACUAGCUGGUAUUUUCACCACGAGGGUCUUUGAACGUCCUGUGUCUACUAAAGCUGAAAUGAUAACAGCUGGACUAGGAAUUUAUGUCAUAGAUUUUGAAUUUGGAUUUUACGAGAGUGUACUGAAACCUCCGGAAUUCAAAAAUCUGUAUAUCCCAGUAGAUACAGAAACAUUUAAUCGCCAUCGGAAUAUUUUGAACACCAGCUACGCCUACAAUACUCCAGAUGAGAAAGCACUUUUCCUCAUGCAACAACAGAACUUCCUGGAACGACCCCUAUUUAUAUUUUCUAACGUUUGCGUAGAAACAGUUUUUACAGGCUUCUUUAUGCCCCAUGGCUCUCCCUUUAAAGAUGCAUUCAACACAGUUUUGCUGCGGUGUUUCCAAAGUGGACUCUAUUUCAAAUGGGACUCAGAUGCAUUCACAGAAGCAGUUGAAGCUGGAAUAUUGGAAAGAAAAAAGACAGUUGGACGAACUAUGACACCUCUAAGUUUAUCCCAUCUUCAAUUAAAUUGGAUAAUUUUAUCUUAUGGACUCUUGACUGGAUGUGUUUGUUUCUUUAUUGAAAUCUUGUUAAAAUCAUCUCCAAAGUUGUGGACUCCAUUGUGCAAACUUAGAUAUAAAUGGUGCAAAAUGAGUUUCCCGAAUUUUAGAAAAAAUGUUAAUAUUGAAUUUUUAGAUUAG